AUGACGCAAGAGGGCGAAAGCCAAGAGGAAACCCUCGAGCAGACCAGGUCAUUAGUACACCCCAAAUCUACAACGAAGAUCGGCAACUGGAACGUACGUACACUUUACCAAAGUGGCAAUGUAGCACAGGUUGCAAGAGAAAUGACAAGAAGAGAUAAAGAUAUCAUGGGUAUUAGUGAAACUCAUUGGACCGGACGAGGGAAAAUCAAGAUAGCAGAAAGAGAGACAAUCAUCUACCCCGGAAGGGACGAUAACAUCCAUAGAGAAGGUGUUGCCAUACUUUUGUCAAAGAAAGCAUCAAGUGCGCUGAUAGAUUGGACACCAGUAAACGAAAGGAUCAUCAUAGCAAGGUUUUUCUCAAAGCACAUCAAGCUGACGGUUGUGCAUAUAUACGCACCUACAGAAGAUCAAGUGAAAUAUGAGCUUUAUGCAAGAUUACAGGAGGUACUGGAAAGAAGAAACCGGCAUGACAUGUUGAUCAUCACUAGUGAUAUGAAUGCCAAAGUGGGAAGCGACAACGGGCACUACGAAAGAAUAAUGGGGAGACAUGGGCUCGGGGUGAGGAAUGACAAUGGUGAAAGGCUGUGUGAAAUGUGCGACCUCAACGAAUUAGUUGUUACAGGAACGUUAUUCCCACAUAAAAACAUCCACAAAGAAACACCAAAUGGAACCAUCAGGAAUCAGAUAGAUCAUGUAUUAGUCAACAGGCGUUUUAGGAAUUCAGUUAAGGAUACCAGAGUAUUCAGGUCGGCAGACAUUGGAAGCGAUCAUCUGCUUGUGUGCACAACAGUCAAAUUGAGGCUAAGGAAGCAGUGUAAAGAGAAAAGGUGUGAGAGGGUAAAGUACGACAUAGAGAAGUUGAAGGAUGCGGAUACAGUGAGAAGGUUUAACAUUGCAGUAAGAAAUAGGUUUCAGGUAUUGGAUAACGAGGAGUUUGAUAGAGAAGAGGACGAGGUAGAGAGAAAGUUCAGAGUAAUCCAGAAGACAUACACAGAGACAGCAAAAGAGAUAUUGGGUAGACCUAGGAAGAAGAAGAAACCAUGGAUCAGUGAAGCCUCAUGGAAGCUAGUAGAGGAAAGAGGAGAAAUAAACAAGAAAAAUGUGUGUACAAACUCAGAGAGGGUUAAAGGACAGUUAAAAGAGGAGUACAAGGUUAAAGACAGAGAAGUCAAAAGAAGUCUGAAAGCACACAAGAAGAAAUGGAUAGACAACAUCGCGAGUGACGCUGAAGAGGCAGCAAGGAGUCAGCACAUGAAAACUUCGUAUAGUCUUACAAAGACACUCUGCAAUGAAAGACCUAGGAGUAGUACAGCGGUAUUGGACAAGAACGGCAACCUCAUUAGUGGCAAAGCAGAGGUUUUUAUCAAGAUGGACAGAACACUUCCAGGAAAUCCUGGAACCACAGGAUUCCAUUACAGAAGAUGA